GUUUUGGGCUGGGAGUCCGCGCCCCAGAAGAGGGUGGCAUGUCAUCACCUGCUGUUCUCUCUUUUGUGAGGGGCCAGAAACUUCCUCGCUCGUAGCCCACAGUGGUCCCUAGUCGCGGCGGAGGGGGGCGGGCCCGGAGGGAGGUGGAGAGGGUGGAGCUGGAUAACAUGGUGGUCCCGGCCCCGGAGCCGGUCCACCGCGCUCCUCUGUCUGGCGUUAGCCCGGGUAGCGUCCCUGACAGCUCUUUCUCGGGCGUCCCCCGCAAUCCCUUUUCGUAGGAAGCCGGAUUGGGAACGGCGGGAGGGCCGCCGUGCCCUGGUUCAUUCAUUCCCUGCGCGCCUGCUGGCAGCCGGCGCCCCGGUAGGUAAGAAAUUAGAUGAAACCAUCUACUUUAUCACCAUGGAAAUCCUGGAGAAUCUGAGCACUGAGUUCACAUGUAAUCCAUCUGCAAGACAGCUGUUGCACAGAACAUUCUCUGAGUUGUGAACUUUAACAGAGAGAAGCUUUAAACAUGUUGUUUAACCACAGGCCCAAUAUAAAGAAAGACAUUUAAAUCAUUCCGAAGAGGAAAACACUACUUUUUGUCAGUUGUGCAAAUUCUCCAAGUAGUAGCUCAGCAAGUAGUAGAGAAGAACCUUGGUGAGGACAAGUGGUGAAUGAAGCUCGGCUAGACAGGUGCACAGAUUUAUGUUCUCCCCUGAGGACCUGCCUGCAGAGUACGCCCCACUCCCCUGAAGACCACCCUGAAAGCCUUAAAACUGCUCCGAGGAUGGAUGAGUCGGAUGAUGAUUUUAAAGAACUCUGUGCCAGCUUUUUCCAAAGGGUGAAAAGAACUGGAACCAAGGAAGUGUUGGGAGAAAGGAAGACACAAGAGUCUUCAAACAGCACUGAGAUAAGCGUAUUGAAAAAGACCAAACAGUCUGCCACCAAGAGCAAAACCCUUCCUGGCACUUUAAAGAAGCCUCGGUCAUGCAGUCAGGCCCCUAGGGCUAAAAAGCAAGGGCCAAGCAAGUCUCAGGAAGGUGAACCCGCUCCUCCUGUGAGUGGAGAUGGAGGUGUGCUCGCCCCUGCUCUGAAUCAGGCUGUGCUGCAGGACCAAGCACAGAGCAUCCAGACAGCGAAUGCUCCCAACGAUGACUCCCAGCCCUCUCUGUCCUGUUUGACGACAACAGCUGUGCCAAGCCCCUCCAAACCCCGCACUGCAGAGCUGGUUCUUCAGCGGAUGCAGCAGUUCAAGAGAGCACACCCGGAGCGUCUGCGACACGCUUCACAGGCCUGCUCCCUUGAGGCCACAUUGGAAGAAAAUGACCCACAGAACCCUCAAGAGGAGAUGGUGGCAGGAAACGGAAAUGGACCGGGGCUCCCUGCCACAGACAGUGAUGCUACAGUGGCCUUGGUCCUGCAACAAGAGUUUGGUAGGGAAGGUACAUCUGCGCAGGAUGAUGGCCUGGAGGCGAAGGGGUUGUUCUUCUGCCAGAUGUGUCAGAAGAACCUCUCCGCAAUGAACGUGACCCGGAGGGAGCAGCACGUGAACAGGUGCUUGGAUGAGGCUGAAAAGGCGCUAGGACCUUCUAUGCCUCAGAUCCCUGAGUGUCCAAUUUGUGGCAAGCUGUUUACCACCUCCAAGAGCCGGAUCAGCCACCUGAAGCAGUGCGCAGUAAGGAUGGGAGUGGGGCCCCAGCUGCUACUGCAGGCCGUGCGGAUGCAGACAGCUCCACCCGAGGCGAGCAGCAGCCCUCUGGCACCCAGCUUUAGCAACCUUGUUGGAGGUGGGAAGCGGAAAGCAGCCACAAACAAGAAGGAGCCACGGAAGAGGCGGAAGGUCGAUAAACCCGAGGUACCAUCUGAGGACCUUCUGGUGGCCAUGGCUCUGUCCCGAUCUGAAAUGGAGCAGGGUCCACCUGUGCCUGCACUCAGACUGGAAAGUGCUUUUUCUGAGAGGAUGAGGCCAGGAGCAGAGAAGAAAAGUCGCAAGAAGAAAGCCCUGGUGUCCCCGCCACAGUUAUUAGUACAGGACGCUGACACCACAGGUAGACAGAUAGAGGAUCGUGUAGCCCAGCUCCUUUCGGAAGAAGUGGAACUGUCCAGCACACCACCACUUCCUGUCAGCAGGCUUCUCAGGGACAAGCUGGAAGAGGCAGGUUGGCGUCUACAGGAAGAAGGAAGAAAGGGGAACUUCCUGUGGGAGGGCAGUGCCCUGACCGGAGCCUGGGCUUUGGAGUCUUUCUACACAGUGGGCCUGGUGCCUCCCAUUGUGCCCCAGCAGCCCACCAAGGGUCUCACACAGGAACCCAAGCUAACACAAAGUCCACCUGCCCUUCACAGCAGCUCCCAUGCCGCCAGCAGCCCCAGAGACCCAUCCCUGUCUGCCAGCCAGAGGGAGCAGCAGGCCCUGCAGGACCUCGUGGACCUGGCAGAGGAAGGGCUGAGUGCCAGCCCAUGGCCCUGCAGCAGGGGUCUGGCCUGCUCUGGAGAGGCUGCGGGGUUGGAUUUGGUGCCCAGCAGCCUUCCUCUGACUGGUUUUGUCCUGCCACCCGAGGAGAAGCCCCUUGAGAGGGACAGCCACACUUCGCUCUCCCUCGGGUUGCUGGCUGCUGACUUUGGUGCCAUGGUCAAUAACCCACACCUGAGCGAUGUUCAGUUCCAGACAGACAGCGGGGAAGUAGUUUAUGCCCACAAGUUUGUGCUUUAUGCCCGGUGUCCACUUCUCAUUCAGUAUGUGAAUAAUGAGGGCUUCUCUGCCAUAGAAGAUGGGGACGAGACCCAGCGUGUGCUGCUGAGCAGUGUGAGCACUGAGGCCGCCUGUGUGUUCCUGCGCUAUCUCUACACAGCAGACGCUGGUCUGCUGCCCCACCUGGCGGCUGACCUGGGCACCCUGGCCCGCAGGUUUGGUGUGAGUGACCUUGCUCGCCUGUGUGAGCAGGUGCCUGCUGUGAUGGGCAUGGAGGGCGAGUGGCAGGAGGAGAAAGAAGCUGAGAACUGUGAAAGCAGAGUGGAGAAUUUCCAAGAGCUCUUGAGGUCAAUGUGGGCAGACGACGAGGAAGAAGCAGAGACACUGUUGAAAUCUGAAGAAGACAGAGAAAAGGUGAAUGAAGCAGACAUGGAAGAAAUUUACGAAUUCGCAGCCACUCAGCGAAAGCUGCUGCAGCAGGAAAGAGCCCCUGAUACAGACGAGGAACCUGGCCAGCCAGGAGAGGACAGUCCGUCCGCUGGCUCCCCUCCGGCAGAUGUCCUGGGAAGCAAACAGUUGGAGAAGGGAGACCAGUUAGAGUUGCUGGGGCUGCAAGAAUAUAAGUCCCCAGUAUGUGGGAAAGACGCAGGGCUCUCCCUCCUGUUGCCCGCAGCUGGAUGCUCAGACAGGGCAGCGGGUGCAGAGACCCGCCAGCAGACGGCACCGAAGGAGGCACCCGGCCCCAGCUCCUGCAGCGCUCCCGGGGCCUGCAAGGCCGGGAGAGACCUUGUGCACUCGUGUGAGGUCCCUGCUUAUGAACGUGUCUUUUUGUCACCUCAAGGAGAAUUCUCUGAAAUGUCCCAGAUAGCGAAUGAGCACCAGGAGCAGGGUGACGCCGUCAGGAAGAAAGAGGUGGACAUGGCCUGCACUCCCGCUCCACAGCUAUACCCUUGCUGCCCCGCAUCGUGGCUUCCUGGUGACAGGAGUCCCAGCCGAUCGCAGCUUCACCUUCCUCACACGGGUGAUGCAUCCCCGCCCGCGCCCCGGCCACACGGUGUUGUUCCCACGGUGUCCUCCCCUAGCUCAAGAUCUCCAGCUCUGCCAUCAAAGCAAGACAGUGACAUUCUCACAGUCCUUAAGGAGCCAGGCCACUGGAGAGGCCGAGGGUGUCGUUCCAUAUUGGAACGCAAAAAUAAGGGUGUCUUGAUUUCCCCAGAAAAAUCCCCACCCAUUGACCUGACCCAGUCAGUUCCUGACCCUGCAAGUAGCACAUCCCAGGGUCCUGCCUCCCAGGUGAGCGGAGAGAACGAGAUCAUCCUUUUACUGGAUUCAGAUGAAGAGUUGGAGCUAGAACAGACCAAAGCAAAGUUGGUUUCUAAUGGUCCCACAGAAGAAAGGAAUGUUCUAGAAGUCAGCCACAGGUCCUCUGAGCUGUUUCCAGUCAUCGAUGUCGACGCAGAUCAAGAGCAUUCUCAGAGCCCCCCGAGGAGAGAGGCUGAGCUCGAGACUGGGGAGGGACAGUUGGAGAAUCAGGGUAUUGUGGGCAGCACAAGGGCCUCCUGGCUGAUCUCUGACCGUGAGAGCAGCCUUGAUGAGGACAGUACCACAGAUGCCUCCUGGCUAGUGCCCGCCACCCCAUUAAUCAGCAGGAGCCGUGACUGCUCGUCACAGACCCAGAUCACAAGCCUCAGGGCCAGGCCUGCAGAGGAUAAGAUGGCGCAGCCCUCAUCCAGGGCCACUCCGGAAAAUAGCCCAGUGUCGGAGGCCACACAGAAGUUCUCAGUCAUCACACCCCUGAUGUCACCUAUGCCUCCGGGAACUUCUGGCCGUGGAAGGCAGGUGCACAGGAGCCCUUCCCGUUCCCAGUCCAGGCACCACAAGCUCUCUUCCCCAAGGGCCUCAUGUCCCGCGGCAGGAGGCCUCCCUGAUAUCACUGGGCCAGUCCACAAACACUCACCAAAGCAGGCAGCAGUGAGCGAAGUGGUGGAAGUUGGGGACAGUGAAGAUGAGCAGGAGGUAGCUUCUCAUCGGGUGAACAGGAGCCCCCUGCUGGACAGCGAGCCCCCCAUCCCUGUGGAUGACUGUUGGAGCAUUGAGCCCCUCUCACCAAUUCCAAUUGACCACCUGAACCUCGAGCGCACCGGCCCCCUGAGCACCAGCAGUCCCAGUAGCCAGGCCCAGGAGCCUCUGGACCAUGGUGACUGCCACUCCCCAGGACUCUUGGGCAGCACCCCCAUCCGGGCAAGUGGUACGGCCAGAAGAGCAUCUCCAGAGCAGUCCUCAGGAGCUGGCUCCCCGGGGGGCAGCAGGCUGAGCUUCCUGAAUCCAGCCCUCUGGGAAGACUGGGAGGAGGAAGGGCAGAAGUCUCCAGAGGCUCCUGCGGCCCACACACCGGGUGCCCUCCGAGCUCAGAAAUCAGAUGGGCCAGAGACACCAAAAGGUGCUAAUCGGAAGAAAAAUUUGCCCCCCAAAGUGCCCAUAACUCCAAUGCCAAGGUAUUCUAUCAUGGAGACUCCGGUGCUAAAGAAAGAACUGGACAGGUUUGGAGUCCGUCCUCUGCCCAAACGCCAAAUGGUUCUGAAACUGAAGGAGAUUUUCCAGUACACUCACCAGACCCUGGAGUCAGACUCUGAGGAUGAGAUCCAGUCCUCACAGGUGCCCCAGGAGUGGCCUUGCAGCCAGACUCUCCCCACUGAGACCUACAAGCCUUCCAGGGUGGGAGGUUGCACCCCACUCGAAGCCACUGAGGGUCCUAGCACCCAGAAGUCUAAGGGACCUCAGCAUCGAAAGAAGCAGCCCGGCCAAAGCAUCCCACACCGGGGGAGCAGGCCCCCAGCUGAGAAGCCCCCUCCAGGCUCUGAUGUUGACACCCAGCUCCCAGCCUCCCAGGAAUCUACGGCCACCUCUGUGGACAGCAGCGACACCUCCUUUAGCUCACAGAGUUCUUCCUGUGAGUUUGGAGCCACCUUUGAGUCUGUAGGUGAUGAGGAGGAGGAUGAAGGUGCGGGGGUCAGUGCAUCCCAGGCAACUAGCCAGGCGCCGGACACGGAGGAAGCUGUGAGACGUUACAUCCGCUCCAGGCCGGCACUGUACCGCAAGGUGCUCAUGUAUCAGCCACUUGAGUUGUCGGAACUGCAGGCUGAGCUGAAGCGGGACGGCAUUCGCGUGGCCAUGGGCAAGCUGCUGGACACCCUGGAUGCCCUCUGCAUUACCUUCACCACCGCUGCAGCCCGGAAGGAGAAGCUCAAGCAGAAGGGGCAGCAGCAGAGGGGCAGGAAGAAAGGGGAGCGGGACUGACAGUCCUGCCCGUCCAGCAACCUGUGGGUGGCUGCGCCCAGCGGCCCUCACCCCCCAGGCAUCUGCAGGGAGGCCCGGCAGCCAGAACGAGACUGGCUUCCGCAGGCAUUCUGGGCCUCGGGACAAUGAUGGCCGCGACCCCCGCUUCCUCCUCUGGCCUCCCCCUUCGGGCGCGGCAGCUGGAGUGCCUCGCCCACUGUAUGGACAGCCUUUCCCUUCCCCCGUCAGUGCGAGUCUGUCCCUUUAGCCCCGCAGGGCCCUGUCCAUGAAUUCUUGAGGGGCAGGGAGUCACACCAGGUGGCCAGCACAAGGCUGGAUUCCGCCCCAUCUGCCACUAUGUGUCCAUUAGGCCCAGGGACAACUGCCCAGGAGUGUGUUCUGAGAUGAACAUCAGGUCCAGCUUGCCCCAGCCAGCCGGGCUGCCUUUCCAGCACACAGACGAGUCUCAGCCACUACCAGCAGACCAGGUGACUGGUCUUCCUAUACUGCCGUGCUCCAGGUGCAGCUCCUGGCCCAGCCAUUCUGCCUAGACAUUUGUCAUCAUCACCAGCAGUCUCUUAAGAGGAUGGUGCAUCAGCUCUGCAGGAUGUGUGGUGGAAGUGUGUGCCCCGCACAACUCUGCAGCCCCCAGAACAAGUGUGUGCUUUGUUGGCGGGUUCCGUCCCGCAUCGAAGCCUCCAGCAGUGCUUUGCGCACGGUGGCCUCCAUAUCCUGUGAACGUCCGUGUCUGUCUUAAAUACAGAACAGCUGUUUUUAUAUGAUGUGCAAUAAAAACAAAAGGCUUUAUAAAAA